GAGCGAGAGGUCGGACUCGGCUGAGGCGCGGAGACGCUAGACUGGCACUGAGGAAACAUGGCGGCUGUUACGCUUACCUCGAGGCUGUACACGCUGCUGUUCCGCAGGACUUCCACCUUCGCUCUCACCAUCGCGGUGGGCGCCUUGUUCUUUGAGCGUGCCUUCGACCAAGGCGCGGACGCCAUCUACGAACACAUCAACGAGGGGAAGCUGUGGAAGCACAUCAAGCACAAGUACGAGAACAAGGACUAGUUCCCAGGAGACCCCCUCCAAAGGGCGCGAGGACCAGGUCCACCCCACGCCCAGAACUGAGGCCUCAGCUUGAAGACGACACUUAAGUGACUCUUCAUUGACCACCCUUCGUUUGUUGACAAGAAAUGAUGUCAUCUAAGAACAGACUUUAAUCUCUGCCGUGUUUGA